AUGAAAGCCUACCCCGUCCUGACAUCGGCGCGGGUAGUUUGCCGCAAGUGUCUUCCCUCAUGCGAGGUGGAACAACGAGGUCAGAUUGAAAGACUCGUUGACUGCUAUCUGGAUACUCUCUUCUCUUGCUACAAAGUGAGGCAAGCUUGUAGAUUGGGACUUCCGAGAUGGGCAUUGGAGUAUCUAGCCGCUCGGGAUCCCGAUUGGAAUAGCGCCGGUAACAUCGCAGAGUACGCUACAAUCAAAGGUUAUCUCCACGUCUUGGAGUGGAUUGGCGAAUGUUAUCUUGAACGUACAUCAUGGACCACAGCGGACGGUGGUUCGCUCAUGGAUAUGGCUGCAGAGUUGGGUCAUCUCUCAAUCCUGCAAUGGCUUCACGUAAACCGUAGCGAAGGAUGCACUACGAACGCUAUGGACAAUGCUGCGGCGGCGGGGAACCUCGAGAUCGUGAAGUGGCUUAAUCUUUAUCGACGUGAAGGCUGCACCAAGCAGGCUAUGAAUGAUGCUGCUGCAAACGGUCAUAUUGCUGUAGUCGAGUGGCUUCAUGAGCACCGUGGUGAAGGGUGUGAUAAGUCUGCAGUAGGCAACGCCGCAGCAAAUGGACAUUUUGCAGUCGUGCGCUUUCUUCUAGAGAAUCGUCGAGAAGGUGUAACUGGAGAUGCCAUGUGUCAGGCUGCUGCAAGUGGCCAUCUCGAGAUGGUACAGUGGCUGUACGUGAACCGCGGUGAUAGUCAUGUAGGAGCUGCCUUACGUUGCGCCGCUGACAAUGGACAUGCUACACUCGUGGAGUGGCUCUACUGGAUCGUACGUGACGAACGCAGAGGGGCUUCGAUCAUUCGUGAUGCCGCCCAAAUUGCCUUAAAAGCUGGUCGUAAGAAAGUGGCCAAACAACUCGAGCGCAAAUUGAAGCGCCCUCCGGAAGCCAAGGCAGCACAAUCGAAGAAGAAAACCAAGCGCCGGCGUCGUCGGUACUAAAGUGGUGGUUGCCGUCUCGUACGGCCUGAAUACGUGCGUCCCUAUUUCUGACUUGCCG